UCCCUUGAUUUACUUCGUGCUUAUGUAAUUCAUCUGCUCGCGAUUGUGGGGUUAUAGCGUCUCAAAUUCCGAUUCAAUUAUAAUUACUUCUCUUAGAACUUUUCGCAAAAAACGCAAAAAACGCAAAAAACAUGGGCAAAAACAUGUUAAAGGUUGUUUCUGCUGGGUUUGUUUCGGUUACGUCGUCCAGGUGCCUAUUGGGGCUGCCCACAUACAGCGGGAUGGACCAAAACAGUUUUACCUUUAAGGGCCGGAUUAUUUCGGAGGCGGAGUAAUAACGAAGAAGAGAUGGGAGGAGCUUUAUUUUUACAUUUCACUCCCAAAAGUCCGAGAAGUAACUUGUUAAGAUCUUCUAGUCGUUUGAAGGAAAUUCGUACCUUGUUUCAUCUCCAUUCUUUGGUGAACUGAAUUCUCUAUCGCUGGUGUCCGAUCUUUGAUUUUUAUUCUCCCGUUUUUUGCCUUGCCAACAGCCGAGUGAUUGUGUUCCUCUAAUUAAUAGCACCUAAUAAUGGUAAUAGUGGGUACCUAUAUUAGACUCGGAAGUUGUAUCUUACUCGUGAUGGAACCAUUGAGUCAUUUGGUCGGUGCCAACGACCAAGAACCAUUGGAUUCCGAGUACGAACUGAAGCGCAUGUUGACAUUUGUCCGUCCACUAAUGGGGAUCCUGCGAAGCGAUCCUCGUAUCAGACGCUCAACCGAUAUUUUAAGAACUGAAUGGGUCACUUCUUCUCGCGCCAUUCCUAGAAGAGAUCGAUAUGAUUAUGGUUAUGGCGGAGGAGGUUAUGGCGGAGGAGGUUAUGGUGGAGGAGGUUAUGGUGGAGGAAGUUAUGGUGGAGGAGGUUAUGGCUCCGAGACGUGCUGUGAAAAGCAUGAUUACUUGGGAUUGCUCUCUCUCAUUGCUCUCGGUCUCCUGUUUCUCUUCCUCAUCCAAUUGCUAAGUACUACGAAAGCAGCCGUCCGUCAAAAGCGAUCGACGGCCAAUGAUCUUUUGAGUCUUGAAGAGCUCCUCUCCCACCAGGACAUAGGUAUGAUGACAGUUCAGUUGUGGAUACAUAUUUGGCUAGAUAUUAAUGUAAAUAGUUUCGAUUAGAACCAGUAAAGUUUUUGUGAAAAAAACCAACCUUUUCGUCUCUCUGCGGAAAACUUGAAAUUACUUUUUUCUCGUCGCGUGUUGGACAUUUGGUUACAGGUAGGCUCUGGUUUUGAAACUGGUA